AUGUGUAUCUUUGUUGCUGGAGCUAGGGAGGCAUUGUUAUGUGGUGUGCCGUCAUUAUUCAUAUCAUUAGACUGGAAGAAGGAUGAAAGCCAAGAAACUGAUUUCAAGGAUGCAGUAGAAGUCUGUUUACCGUUGAUAAAUGCAGCUAUUAGGGAUAUUGAAAAGGGAACUUUUCCCAAAGAGUGCUUUCUAAAUAUAGAAAUUCCGAGGUCACCUUUGAGCAACAAGGGUUUCCAAUUGACCAAGCAAAGUAUGUGGAGAUCCACUCCAAACUGGCUAGCUGUUUCAAAUAGCCGCUAUCAAACUGGUCAUUUCUUGGCCAACCCACAAGGUGGCCUAGGUCUUCAGUUUGCACAGCUUGGCCGAGAUGUAAAUUGA